AUGCGCCCUGUGGGGCUGAGCCCGAGCUGAGCCUGCACUGCGGCCCCCCGCCGGUGCCCGGUGCCCGCCAUGCCCCAGAUGCUGCACAUUGAGAUCCCCAACUUCGGGAACACGGUGCUGGGCUGCCUGAACGAGCAGCGCCUGCUGGGCCUCUACUGCGAUGUGUCCAUCGUGGUCAAGGGCCAGGCCUUCAAGGCCCACCGCGCCGUGCUGGCCGCCAGCAGCCUCUACUUCCGAGACCUGUUCAGCGGCAACAGCAAGAGCGCCUUUGAGCUGCCUGGCUCGGUGCCCCCGGCCUGCUUCCAGCAGAUCCUGUCCUUCUGCUACACGGGCCGGCUGACCAUGGCGGCCAGCGAGCAGCUCGUGGUCAUGUACACGGCUGGCUUCCUGCAGAUCCAGCACAUCGUGGAGCGUGGCACCGACCUGCUCUUCAAGGUCAGCUCGCCCCACUGCGACUCGCAGACCGCCGCGAUGGAGGACGCCAGCUCUGCGCCCCAGAGCCCCUGCCACCAGCUGCAGCCCGCCGCCGCCGCCGCCCCCUACCUCGUGUCCCCCUCGGUGCCCAUCCCGCUGCUCACCCGCGUCAAGCACGAGGCCAUGGAGCCGCCACCGGCCGCUGGCCCCGGCUUAGCACCCAAGCGUCCGUUGGAGGUGGGGCCUCGGGAUGGCACGGCGGUGGCCGCGGGCAUGGCGGUGCCAGCUGGCGCCGCCCCCCUCAAGCUGUCCCGGGUCUCCUACUACGGGGUGCCCAGCCUGGCCACCUUCAUCCCCAGCAUCCAGCCAGUGGCCUAUGCCCAGGGCGAGAGGACCAGCCCGGGGGCCAGCAGCCUGCCCACCACCGACAGCCCCACCUCGUACCACAACGAAGAGGACGAGGAGGAUGACGAGGCGUACGAUACCAUGGUGGAGGAGCAGUGCGGCCACAUGUACAUCAAGGCCAGUGGCAGCUACGCAGUGCAAGAGAAACCUGAGCCAGUGCCCCUGGAGAGCCGCUCCUGCGUCCUCAUCCGCCGGGACCUGGUGGCCUUGCCUGCCAGCCUCAUCAGCCAGAUUGGGUACCGCUGCCACCCCAAGCUCUACUCAGAGGGAGACCCGGGCGAGAAGCUGGAGCUGGUGGCAGGCUCCGGUGUCUACAUCACGCGGGGUCAGCUGAUGAACUGCCACCUGUGUGCAGGGGUGAAGCACAAGGUCUUGCUCCGUAGGCUCCUGGCCACCUUCUUUGACAGAAACACGCUGGCCAACAGCUGUGGCACUGGAAUCCGGUCCUCCACCAGUGACCCCAGCCGCAAGCCACUGGACAGCCGUGUCCUGAACGCCGUGAAACUGUACUGCCAGAGCUUCGCGCCCAGCUUCAAGGAGAGCGAGAUGAACGUGAUUGCGGCCGACAUGUGCACCAACGCCCGCCGCGUCCGCAAGCGCUGGCUGCCCAAGAUCAAGUCCAUGCUGCCCGAGGGUGUGGAGAUGUACCGCACGGUCAUGGGCGCCUCCACCGCCGGCGUGCCCCUGGACCCUGACUUCCAGCCCACCGCCGCCCAGGUCUUCGAGCAGCGCCUCUUUGCCGAGCGCCGGGGAGACGUCGCCGCCGCCAUCGUGGCUCUGAGGACCGACACCGGCACGGACCUGGGCGCCCCCGUCACCGCCAACCCCGCCUUCGAAGCCGGUGAGGAGGCUGAUGGGGCUGGCUCGGUCAUCCAGGAGGUGGCCGCGCCUGAGGUCCCGGCUCCUGGUGGCCAGAGCCCGCCCCCACCCUUCGAGCAGGGCAGCUCCAGCCGGCCUGAGACGCCUGCCAGGAGGCCGGAGCCGGGCGGAUACCCGGGAACUCUGUGAGGGCCUCCGGGCGGCGGCUCGGAGACCUCAGGCUAGUGCUGCUGCAUGCGAUCCUAACCCAGCCCUGAGCCGAGCACCACCUACUGAGCUGAUACUGUUGCCAGGACACGACUGCAGGCCUUUGCUUAUAUCUAAACCUAUGAAGGAAACGCCUGCGGUGGUUACACUGUAAGCGACCAGGUCACUGGAGACCUAGCGGCUAGAAGGCCCUGGGUGCCUUCCCCUGCCCCCAGGUCAGCUUCCAAGCUGUAGCUUCCCCUCCCCUGGGGAGGUGUGGGAAGCCCCCUCCCUUGAUCGGCCCCUCCCUCCCUGUCUCCUUUCUUGUCCUUUCGCCCAGGAAGACAAAGCCAACGGCCACCAGUGGCCCGUGGGGGGUGCCCAUGUCCUGUGACACUCCAUUCCUUCCUUCCCCGUGGGGAUUCCAGCCGGCCCCUCGGAGCCUGUAGCACGAAGCUGGGGCCCCCAGGGAUACACACUUCUCAUUUGUCCCAAGGCUCCAGGGGUCCGGCCUCCUUGGGCCACCUCGCACUUGAGAGCGAGUGGAGGGAGCGUGUGCCUGGGCACUGCCAGUCCCUGGGUCUCCCUCUUCCCCACCCUGUGCCCUCCCUAGGAAGUGGGGGACUCUCCUGGCAGUGGCUAACCACCACCUCUGCCCUUUCCCAGCUGCUUGUUUUUGUUUCCAUUCUGACUGACAUCGUUUGCUAUGUUUUGAACCCCAAAGAGCAAAAAUUGAGGGGCAUGGGUGUUCCUGCCCCCACUGCCCUGCACUGGGGAGGCUCCCCUCUGAUGAUCAGGAGGCAUGCCUCUCCUCUCUCCUGAGCUACGGCUCCCCUGCCCCCACCCCCCCGAACUAGGUCCCACUCACCUCACACUGGGGGCUCUAGCAGCUGGGGCUGGGUCCUGCCCUGGCAGGAAGCCUUGCUAGACCCAUCGCUCAGGCCUUGGGGAGACGGAUGGGAGGAGGUUCCCCGGGCAGGGCAGCCGGGCGAGCCCUGGAGCCAGGGGCUGGGGGUGGGCCGCGAGGGCGGGCCCCAGGAGGGUGAUCCAUCCCCUUGAGACUCUUUUUAAGGGGGCACAGGGUAUGAAGGGCUGUGUUGUCCUCCUGGUCAGGGAUUUGAACCCCCCACCCCCACCCCCUACGGCAGAGCUGGAUCUGCUGCUUCCUCUAUGCUUUGUCCGUCCAGUGCUCUGACCCCGUAGUCCCCUCCCUUCUGUUCAUGGCCCCCACAGACCAAAAGCUAAGGCCCCCUGCAGCUGGAGGGCAAAGCCCUGUAGUGCCUGCCCUGCCCACCACCUGCCCCUCCCCAGAGACGUGUGGAAGAGGGCCUCUCCUGGCUGACCCAGGCUCCCAGGCCUGCUCCCGCCUGCAUCCCAGAAAGAUCUGGUGGCCCCCCCAGAAAGGAAACGAGCUGGGGCUCCAGGCGUGGCCCCCUGCCCAACUUAGCAGGUCCCCAAUUGCAUGGGCGGUGGGGAGUCCUGUUGGCCAGAGGAGGCACUCUGUCUCCUGUCCCUGGAGCUGGGAGGGGACUCCUGGUGGCUCCUGUGGCCCCCAGCAGUGAGUGGUGACUUCCCUCUGGGGUUUCCCGCCCUUUGUCCCCCACUCCCCGAUUCACGCUCCCCAACCUGCACUUUAGUUUGGCCGUCACAGUGGACGUGUGGGAGACGGGCUGGGCACUGGAGGUGGUCUCCCUCCACACCCAAGGUGUGUCCCUGGGACCCGCGGCCUGCCCCUUGCUGCGCUGCUCCUCCCGUUGGGUCCCAGGUCAGGAAGGCAUAUGUGCGGUCAGGCAGCCGAGAGACGGUUGACCAAUGUGAGCAGUCCCCGCCUCGGGUGAUCCGGGCGGCCUUUUGCACUAACUGUCCGGCGGGGAGGUGGGGGGUGGCCCCCCCGCUGACUGUGCGCCGGGGCUCCCCCCGGCCUGAUGUGCCGCAGCGGCACGGAGGGGCCGUCCAGAGUGCCUUAGCAUAUUGACCAUUUUCCCCAGGAAACCCGGAACCCUGUCCGUCCCUUACAAGAAGACUAGGUCCAGAGGUGGGGCCAUUGCGCCCCACGGGGUGACCCCAGUCCCUGUUGCCCGAGAGAAGAGCCCCUCAGUGUGUGUGCUUUGCCCCCACUUGACCCCUGAGCUGAGUAGUAGCAAUACACACCCUACACAGUCUAUUCCAGAGCUAAUUGUCGCCUUGCACUGGGGGGUGAGCGCAGAGGGGACCAGCCCCCAGGGACGGGGCAGCCUCGCCCGCCCUCUCCGGCCUCCCAGCCGGGGCCGCCUGCACAAGUCCCCAGGAGGGACGAGAGAGGUGGCAGAUACUGUGAGCCCGGGGCCGCCUGGCUGCCGCUGCCUGGUACUUGAAUCCUGUCUUGUGUGCACUGGUCUGGUCUAAGCCAGAGUCCCCUGUGGUUUUCCCGGUGGUGGGUGGGGGGGGUGCGGCGGCCUUGCACUGUUUCACUUGGCCCCGAUGUCGGCAUUGCUGGGGGAGGUGGUGCCUGUGGAGGGUGGCCUGUCUCGCCAGCACCUCUGCACGGUCUCCAGGGAUGGGUGUGUGUCCCCGCUGGGGACGGCUGCCUGGCGGGGCUUGAGAUGGGGGUGGGGGGAGCCCCUGCCCAUCUUUCCUUGUCUCCCGUACUUGGGCUUCUUUCUGGGACAGGUGGGCAGGCUGGUGGGGCACCUCCUCCAUGGGGGCCUGCUCUGCUGCACCAAGAUGAGGCCUGGCCUGGGCCCACCCUACUGAGCUGAAGCCCCACUGCCUGGGACCUGGCAGCUCAUGUGUGUGGGGGUGGGCAGGCUCCCCAAUGCCACCCCAGCCAUUCUCUGCUUGGGACCCCUGCCUCCAAAGGGUUGUUUGUAUGGAAAGUUCUGGUGGGGGGUGGGCCUGUGGGCCAUUAACCCUGUGAAAGCCCAGAGCCAGCCUCCGGCUCCUGCCAGCAGCCCUGGGGGGAAGCCUGUGCAGGAGCUGUAACCACUGUCCCUCACUGCUGCUGCGCCACCCCCCACCCCACCCCACCCCACCCCGGGCCUGGAGGGCUCAGCACCAGGCGUUUGAAGGUGGCCCUCUUUCUGUUGACGUUGUCGGUUUGUUGGUUUGUGUUGUGGAAGGAGCGUGCGGCCCCUGGCGGCACUGGAAUGGGACAGCCCCCCCAUGGCUGGCAUUUUGCACAUGACUGCGAUUUCUAUGUCAGAAGAAGCCAAAACUUGCAAUACUAUUUUUAGCCGGCAAAGUAAGAGAAGAGCUGAGCGUAAAUGUAUCAAACUGUGUCUGACUGGAGUGUUGGGUGGCGCGGCGGCGGACGCCAGUCUCUGGACGGACAGACACACAGGAGGAGACGGUCCUCUUGUUUUCUUUUGUUUUCCGUUUUGUUUUGUUUUUUUUAAAGAGUUUGGUUAGGGGUUAAAGUACUGUAACUCAUGACUGUUAAUAAGCAAAUAAACAGUGGAAUUAGCCGUUGCUGACCCGGAGGCAGGGCCGCGGUGCCUGGCCCGCUGAGUGUCCAUCCUCCUGGGGGCCAUGGGGCUGUGUCCCCCGCGCCCCACCCCGCCCCUGCUUCUGCUGUUACUGACAGAUGUUGCUGGAGGGACACCUGCCAACGGCCGCCUGCCCGUGGACGCCGGCAGCUCCCACCACACACAGGCUGACCAUCAUUCAUUGUAGAGCGCUUUGUAAACGUCACAUUUACAAGAUAAUAAAGUCAGUUCAAACCCAA